AUGGAGGUCUACAUGCAAGACCUCCCUUCAGGUCUCGAUGGCCAAGGCCUCACUACACAACUAACUCCUAUCAUUACCAAUACUCUGUGUAUCACGGAAUGGACUUGUAGGAAGGACCGCGGAAAGCCUUUUGGGACUGUUACAUUCCUGCACAACGAUCAAGGCACCAAAUUUCUAAAGAAACAUGGCGUUAUCAGAAUGGCCAACCAGAGGGAACGAGGAAAGUUGAAGAUCCUCGGAAACUUUGUCAGGUGCAGGGUUAGUAAACACACCCCAGACGAAUUUCUACUGAAGGCUAUGAUCAAGACAGCUCAAGAUCAGAAACUACAAGCGGAGGAAGAAAAGCUGUCCCCAAAUGAUAAGAAAGUUUCCUUCGAGCUUCGCGAGUUCUCAUGCGGCCAUUACGAAUAUUUGAAUGGCAGACUCGCCUACAGUCCCGACAUCAAAUGGCCAAUCACCAAAGGCGUUGCCAGAUUUGCAAGAGAUUCACUUAUAAUAUUGUAUGAAGCUAUUAGAGUCGAGAUUCCAUACCGCACUAUAGACGAGAUAGUUGUUUCCAGCGUCCUUCGGAUACCUAUCCUGACCUUGACGCUUUGGGAAGCACCUCGAAUCUUUCAAAUCGACGCCGAACUUGGGGAGGUUGAACUUAUCUUUGAACUUUCCUCUCGCAUGAGCAAAUUGGGAGUUUCUGAACUCAAUUCAGGGGCAAAAAGGGCCCCUAGGGUGCGAUUAAGCCAUCUUCCACAUCCGAGCGCCGACCACGCCGCAAUUCUGGGGCAAAGCCUCGUGUACAGUGUUCAGGUAUCACCAGUUGAAUUCAACUCUAGGCUCCAGCGACUCAAACAAAAAGAGAAGCUCAAGAUUUCGUAUCACGACUUGCCAAAUGUCUUGUACGGCCAGACGUCAAUGAUGGAUGGGAUGAGGAGAAUCAAUGCCCUACUUGAUGAAUACCAGAAUAAUUCACUCAUCCCUUUCGAUAUCCUUUUUCAAUUCCACGCCCUUGUCCAAAAUGGCUAUCUCCUUCCCCAGACGGUCGAGAUAUUGCUCAAGCGCCUUCACAAGUCCGCUCGUAUCCCUUCCUCUAAAGGCAGUUUGGGCUCCCAAUUCCACGGGAAUUAUCGACAGACCGUCGGUGCCAGUGGAAUAAGUCACGCCAAUAACGCAUCAGCAACAACUGCGUCGUUCCCUAUCUCUGCACGUGCGGUCAAGAAGUUGUUUUCUCAGAUACCGUUUCCUGGCCCAAGCGUGGAGGCAAGCACGUUUAACCCAGACGAGAUCUGGUCAUACCUAGAGGGCAACGAAAAGGAAAUCCGUUACGGUACGGCGAAGGAGCUAAUAUCCGAGAGGGCGAGCCAGAGUCUUGUAAUGGUAUACAAAGUGCAGGUUACUCCCACUCGAAUCACUCUCCUUGGACCAGAACCAGAAGCAAAAAAUCGAAUACUUCGGAAGUUCCCUGAUCAUGUUGGCUACUUUGCCCGUGUUCAAUUUUGCGAAGAAGAUGGCCAGGACCUAUUCUUCAAUUCCAAGGUAUCACUUGAGUUGGUCUGGCACCGGUUCAAGCAUAUUCUCUUAGAAGGGAUUCGUAUUGCAGGCCGCGAUUACAGAUUCUUAGGCUUCUCCCACUCAUCCCUAAGAGCACAUAGUGUAUGGUUCAUGGCCCCUUUCACGGACCACGAUGGCAUCUCGCAAGACUAUUUCCGCGUGAUUUCGUUACUUGGGAGAUUCAACAAAAUUUACUCGCCCUCAAAAUGCGCCGCCAGAAUCGGCCAGGCUUUCUCCGAGACACCAUUCUCUAUUGACCUUGUAAGUAUCGGAGCACGAAUCGAGUUUAUAUCUGAUGUAAAAUCCAAGAACGGAGACCGGGUUUUCAGCGACGGGGUCGGGACACUGUCUAGAUCACUAAUGGAAGCUAUUCACGUUUCCCUGCCAAAAAAUAGGAACACUACAACAUGCUUCCAGAUUAGGUGGGCAGGUGCUAAGGGAAUGCUUUCUUUGGACGAUACCCUUAAGGGGAUGGUCAUGCGCAUUAGGCCGAGCAUGAUCAAAUUCGAAAGCAAAGAUGUCCGGUAUUUAGAGAUCUGCGAUAUGGGGAACAGACCAAUUCCUCUUGUUCUCAAUCGUCAAAUGAUCAAGAUCCUUGAGGACAUGGGCGUCGCGAGGGAAUGGUUUCUUGAAGUUCAAAACCGCGAGCUCGAGAGACUGCGCAUGAUUACUGCCCAAAUCCACAAUACGGUGACAUUCCUCAAAAGACAAAAGGUUGCAGAGCAGAUCAACUUCUCAAAAUUCAUUCGUCGCCUUCAUGAGCUUGGGAUAGACUACAAGAAGGACAAGUUCCUGUGUUCUGUUGUUGAGACGAUUGUCUUAAGGGAGGUGCGCCUCCUCAAGCAUAAAGCUCGGAUUCCGGUUGAAAAGGGGGCCACACUAUUUGGCGUUAUGGACGAGUUCGGAUUUUUGGAGGAGGAUGAAAUCUUUGUCACAUUUGAGGAAGAAAAGCUUUACAGAAAACGCGGUAUUCAUAUAAACCUGCACAACCGGCUGGUACUGAUAACAAGGUCCCCUGCCCUCCACCCCGGCGAUAUUCAGGUACGGACAGUGGUGGUACCUCCGGAUGACCAUCCUCUUCGAUCGCUCUCGAACUGUGUUGUAUUCAGCCAGAAAGGAAAGAGAGAUCUUCCAAGUCAACUUAGUGGCGGAGAUCUCGAUGGAGAUAUAUACAACAUCAUCUGGGAUGAGCUCGCUGUCAACUCAUCAAAGGCGGAAUUUGCUCCCGCAGACUACCCCUUGGUUACCCCCCUGAACAUUGACCGAGAGGUGAGAUGGGAAGAUAUGACAAACUUUUUUGUCGAGUUUAUGGCCACCGACCAGCUAGGUGUAAUUGCUACCAAGCACUUGAUUCUCGCCGAUAGGAAGAAUGCAGGCACAGUAGAUGAAGAGUGCAAACUUCUUGCUGAAAUGCAUUCAACCGGUGUAGAUUACAGCAAAUCGGGCAUUCCAAUUGAUAUGAACAAACUCAGACGUUUGACGACAACGAAGUAUCGCCCAGACUUUAUGGCACCUGCCCCUCCUGCGAAGAUCGUCGACAAGACGGAAAUUGAGUUCGAAUCGGCGAAAGCCCCAGAACUGGAUGACGAGGAUGACGAAAGCGGCCCUGGACACGUCUAUUAUACCUCUAAUAAGAUUCUCGGCAUUUUGCACCGCGCUAUUGACGAGAAAAAGAUCUGGAGAUCCGACAUCCAACAAUUUGUAAGCCUUACUGGCCCAUCGGUAUGGGAGGAACUGCUUCAGUAUAUCAACUACAAAUGCGAUGAAUUAGGACAUGUCGACUGGGAGGCAGCCUUGGACGAAGCUCGUCGUAUUCGUGAUGCGUACGACGAUGCGGUUUGGACUGCAACUAUGGAGUACUCCGAUAACUUUACUAAAGGGCUUUCGGAGCUUGAGGUGUUUACGGGGUACAUCUUUAAUAAGACAGGCGCUCAGACUCGCCGGCAGCGUGACCGAUCGGUUCGUCUCAAAGACGAUUACGACGCAAUCGCAAGAUGGGUUGAAAGUAUGAUACGCAAGAAAAAGGUCGGCCAUCGAGACAGCGACGAUGACGAUGACGAUGACGAUAGCGAUAGUGGAGCAGAUCUGGAUGACUAUGGCUCUGAAAACCGGCAUCACGAGAGUACACCACUUGAGCUGAGUAUUGCCUGUCUCCACGUCGGUAUCACCAAGCCGAAGAGCUUCGGUAGAAACAAGGACGAUUUCCAGUCAUUCAAGAUAGUUGCCGCACAAUGCGUGCUGACCGAGCUGGAAUUCGCUCUUCAACGAAAGGAAUUUGCCAUGGGAGCGGCGAUCGUUGCAGCGGAAUCUCGAGUCCCGCGGCGAGGAGUACCUCUUUAA